AUGUCCAACAGCAGCUCCAUCAGGCACUUCCUCCUGCUGCCAUUGGCAGACACACGGCAGCUGCAGCUCCUGCACUUCUGCCUCUUGCUGGCCAUCUCCCUGGCUGCCCUCCUGGGCAACGGCCUCAUCAUCAGCACCGUAGCCUGCGGCCACCACCUGCACACGCCCAUGCUCUUCUUCCUGCUCAACCUGGCCCUCAGCGACCUGGGCUCCAUCUGCACCACUGUCCCCAAAGCCAUGCACAAUUCCCUCUGGGACACCAGGACCAUUUCCUACUCCGGAUGUGCUGCACAGCUAUUUUCCUUUCUCUUCUUCAUUUCAGCAGAGUAUUUUCUCUUGACCGUCAUGUGCUACGACCGCUACGUGUCCAUCUGCAAACCCCUGCACUACGGGACCCUCCUGGGCAGCAGAGCUUGUGCCCACAUGGCAGCAGCUGCCUGGGCCAGUGCCUUUCUCAAUGCUCUGCUGCACACAGCCAAUACAUUUUCCCUUCCCCUGUGCCACGGCAGUGCCCUGGGCCAGUUCUUCUGUGAAAUCCCACAGUUCCUCAAGCUCUCCUGCUCCAAAUCCUACCUCAGGGAACUUGGAGUUUCUGUUUUCACUACCUUCUUAGCAUUUGGUUGUUUUGUGUUCAUGGUUCUCUCCUAUGUGCAGAUCUUCAGGGCUGUGCUGAGGAUCCCCUCUGAGCAGGGACGGCACAAAGCCUUUUCCACCUGCCUCCCCCACCUCGCCGUGAUCUCCCUGUUCAUCAGUACCUCAUUUUUUGCCUACCUGAAGCCCCCCUCCAUCUCCUCCCCAUCCCUGGAUCUGGCCCUGUCAGUUCUGUACUCAGUGGUGCCUCCAGCCCUGAACCCCCUCAUCUACAGCCUGAGAAACCAGAAGCUCAAGGAUGCCCUGAGGAAAAUGAUGACUAGCUGCUUUUGA